AUGACGGCGAGAACCCUUGUUAGUGGAAGCAGUAACGCUGUGGUCAAGGUUUUGAACCUUGAUGAUCGCGAGAUCUGCUUGAACAAAGGUGACGUCAUUGGAAAAUGUGAAGAAGUUGUCUGGAUGAAAAAGUGUAGUUCGACGACAGGCGCAGACUUGGCAAAGAGCAACAACUACGAAUUAGUGACUGAGCUACUCGAUGACUGCAAGAGUAAUCUUACUUAUUCGCAGAGCAUGAAAGCCAAGAAGUUUUUACAGCGCUACGCGAAUAUCUUCUCCAGUCACGAAGGGGACCUUGGAAGAACGAAUAAGGUCAGUUAUCUCGGCCAUGUUAUCUCCAGUGAUGGAAUCCAGACCGACCCGGAGAAACUGGAAGCAGUCCAAAAAUGGCCUACCCCUAAGGACAAAACCGAAGUGCGGGCAUUCCUCGGACUGUGCUCAUACUACAGGCGUUUUGUUAAGGGAUUCUCAGAGAUAGCCAAGCCAUUACAUCGGCUGACAGAAGAUAAACGACAAUUUAGUUGGGAUGGGACUUGUGAAGAUUCUUUUCAGAAACUGAAAAAAACAUCUGUGUGA